CAAUACAACCCACCAGCACAGCCAUAGUGAUGGGAGAGAGCUCAGUAUCAGAUAUUACGGAGGUCCCCGGUGUGUCGCACAGCAGACGCAAAAUCCGGGUCAAGUCCAAUCAUGAACAGCAAUCAUCGUCUGGUCGGCAUUCUGGUGGGACAAACGGGGAUCUCGGAAGCCCUGCAGGCGAUCACAAUACGAACUCAUGCCAUACCUCAUCAUAUUGUCAUGACGAGGACAACGUUGACCAUGUAAGCGCACCUACCAUAGUCACGCAUUCCUCAGCAGGAGACACCAUGGGCUCAAGUGAUACUAAGGAAACCAGUCGACGAAGUCGUAAAGUAGUAAAUACCUCGGCGUCUCAUGAACGAGGUCUAGACGUUAAACAAGAAGUAAAAGGUAACUCCCGUUCUCGAGGGACUGAUAAUUCGGUUGUUUACGGUGGAGAUUACAAGGCCAAAGAGUCUGGUCGCAGUCCCUUAUCAGGCACGCGUAAUAGCACUGGGAAACAUAGUCUUAGUGCAGCUGACAUGAAUGGGCUUCUAGACGAGGAGUUCGUGGAGUACGUCGUGAAAGGAGCAAACGCUGGAUUCAUAGACUUCAGCCUGGUUGAAUUGUUGGUAUCCAAGCAACUCGGCAAUACACAGAAAGAUCUCGAGAAACUCAAUUGUGUACAGGAACAGAAGGAACGGUUCGAUGCGGAGAAGAAGAAGCAGCAGCGGACGAAGAAGUACAAAGUUAAAACACCCAAAGGUGGGGACGGCGUUGCCCGUCAGUACGAAUUAUUAAACCCUCAUGCCUUGGACGACACAGCCAGUAUAGAUACCUCGACGCCUGCUCUACACGCUUCCUCAACGGGGGUGACUGCGUUUGGGCGUAGUCUGGGUGAUAAGGAAGGUAUGACAUUCGAGGAGAUGACGGCCGCUUUGGCUAACGCGAAGGUCAGUACCGUGCAGCAAACUAGAUAAAGCUCUCUGUAGUACAUUUCAAUUGCGCACGCGCUGUCAAAAUGUAGUAGACUCAGAGGAGCACUGCUUACGAGAUAUACAUUGUAAAUACAUCAAGGAUUGUUUCGGCUGCCACCCCAAUUAAGAUCUUCUGACUGAAAUUUACUUUGGUGUGCUAACUUGCCAGCCAUUACUUAAGGCUAUUUAGUAAAUGUGAAGGAG